AAGAUGAACACAAAGCCCCACUUUGUUUCGGUUUUUCUCAUAUUUUCACUUCUGUUUUCCUCUUACUCAACUUCAGUUUCUGCACAAGAAGUUGAGGAUGAGAGGGACUUCGAUUACUUAGACAACAGUGGGAAAGGACCAAUGCAUUGGGGUGAUCUGAAGAAGGAAUGGGCUGCCUGCAAACAUGGAGAUUUGCAGUCCCCAAUAGACAUGUCCAGCUACAGAGUGAUGAUAAUCAACAAAUAUGGAGACCUAAAGAGGAGAUACAAACCCUGUGAUGCCCUUGUCAAGAACCGAGGCCACGAUAUUUCGAUUAAGUGGCCAGAUUGUGAUGCGGGUUCGAUUGAGAUCAAUGGUACCGAAUACUCUCUCCAACAAGCACACUGGCACUCCCCUUCCGAGCACACUGGCAGAAGGUAUGCCAUCGAACUACACAUGGUGCACCAGAGCAAAGACCCCAACUUGAAGAACAAUAUAGCUGUUGUUGGACAACUUUACAGGUUUGGUGCUCCUGAUGCUUUCCUGUCCAAGCUGAUGAGCAACAUUACAUCCAUGGCUGAUAAUCUGCUAGAAAGGGAAGUGGGAGUUAUCGAUCCAAACACGAUAAAGAUGGGCGGCAAGAAGUAUUACAGAUACAUGGGCUCAUUGACAGUUCCUCCUUGCAGUGAAGGUGUCAUUUGGACAAUGAACAAGAAGAUAAGAACAGUUUCAAGAGAUCAAGUUCGAGCACUCCGAAUAGCUGUUCAUGAUUAUGCAGAAGCAAAUGCAAGACCUGUGCAGCCACUGAAUCGUCGACAGAUCAAACUUUACAGCCCGAACUGAUUAAAUCUACAGCAUGUAUUGAGAACCCAGAUUUUGAUGUGUAUUU